CCGACUUGGGCUCGCCCGCUGGCUGCCCCUGACACGCCCAAACCAAGAAAUGCCCAAACGGGCAGACGGGGAGGGACGGGCAGGACAUGGCCCUGGAUGGAAUCCCGCCUUACGUCACGAGAUAUUGCGGGAUAGCUGCCCUGUUCUGGCCUGUCCUGUUUACUCGGUAUCAGUUGCUCCUCCUGAGUCCUGACCACGCGGGGGCCCAGCCAUAUCAACGAACGAACCUCAGCACCGUGCACUGUAGGUAGCCACAGCCCAAGGGCCCACCCGCAUCGCAUCCUUAUCCUGAUUAUCUAUCCACCCAAGCCGUCGCAAGGUGCAACGGCCCUUCAAGCCCCGAGCAACACGACACCUCCGCAUCGAACCCCCUCGACCUGGACGACCUGCGAUACGGAGUACGGUCUGACUUUUCAUUUUCUGCCCGGCCGGUCGGAAGCACCUCCUCCAGGGUCGCCGGCCAACAGCCGAGCCAGGUCCAACGUUUGUUUGGGCCCUUGCCGUGUAUCCGCGCUAUACACAUCCGCACAUACACCUGACCUGUUCAGACUGUUGUUCCAUCCUCCGCCGAAGCCCGUAUCCUCACACGUCCACCCUUCCUUGCAGCACGCCCACCACGGGCUUCAGCGCCACAGCCACCGUGCUGUCCACACGCCAUGUCGCCAGAACUCAGCCCAGAGCUGCAGGACCGCCUGGAGGAGCUGGACAAGGAACUCGAGGAAGGCGAUAUCACACAAAAGGGAUACCACAAGCGAAGGACACAACUGCUCUCCCAGUACGGUGCUGCUCCGCAGGAGCACUCCGGCCUGCGCAUCCACUCUCCCGACAGCUCCUCCCACCCCUCCAACGAUGGCACACGAGCAGGCGCCCUUGCGGCUCUGAGUGCCAACUCCCCAGACCUCAGCGGUCCAAACUCCCCCGCCCUCGGUACCGGCAUGUCUUCUCCGUCCGGCCCCGGAGGCUCGCAGUCGCCCUACUCUCUGCCCCCCGAACAACACCCAGCUUCUCUGCUGGCCCCAGGCGGCACCUUUGCCGACUCCCGCCCUGGUCUGCGCCAGCGCGACUCUCUAUUCCUUGGCACAGGACAAGACUUGGGCAUGGCCGAGUCGACCAGGUCUCCUACAAUGGCGUCGGGUGACUAUGCCUUCAACCCAGAACACCAAGGUGGAUAUGGGGACCAUGAGCAGCAGCGGACACCCUACGACAGCAGGACCGGCACACUGCUGGACUCGCAGGGCUACUUUUCUGAUUUCGCCGGCCAGCAGGCUUACGACCAGAACCCCUCGGAGCAAUAUGGGGGCCCACAGCGAUAUUCCUCGAGUGACGCCUUCUCCCCGACCGCCGCCAUGGCGCCUCCAAUGCUCACCGCCAGCGACCUGCCGACCGCCGAGGCCCUCGAAUACCAGCUGCCUCUCGAACCUCGCGAGGUCCCCUUUGCCAUCUACGACCCGCACGACUCCAAUGUCCAGAUGUCACAGUUCGACAACAUAGCAGCGGUCCUGCGCCACCGCGGCCGUACGUCUGCCAAGCUCCCAGCGUACUGGGUUCUCGACAAUCGCGGCAAGGAGACCGCCUCUAUAACCUGGGAUAAGUUAGCAUCGAGGGCAGAAAAGGUCGCCCAGGUCAUACGGGAUAAGAGCUCGUUAUACAGGGGUGAUCGGGUCGCGCUUAUUUAUCGCGACUCCGAGAUCAUCGACUUCGCCAUCGCGCUCCUCGGCUGCUUCAUCGCCGGCGUCGUGGCGGUCCCUAUCAAUGAGUUACAGGACUACCAAAAACUCAACCUAAUUCUCACGUCUACACAGGCCCACCUGGCCCUGACUACCGAUAACAACCUGAAGGCGUUCCAGAGAGACAUCACCAUCCAAAAACUCACGUGGCCCAAGGGGGUGGAGUGGUGGAAGACCAACGAGUUCGGCAGCUAUCACCCCAAAAAGAAGGACGAUACCCCGGCACUGUCCGUGCCAGACCUGGCCUACGUCGAGUUCUCUAGGGCUCCCACUGGGGACCUGAGAGGAGUUGUCCUGAGCCACCGCACCAUAAUGCACCAAAUGGCUUGCCUGAGCGCCAUAGUAUCACAGGUGCCCGGCAACUCACCUGGCGACACCUUCAGCUCAUCACUCCGCGAUAAGAACGGACGGCUGAUUGGAGGUGGCGCCAGCAGUGAGAUAUUGCUGUCCUACCUGGAUCCGCGCCAGGGCAUCGGUAUGAUACUAGGCGUCUUGCUGACGGUCUAUGGAGGACAUACGACCGUGUGGCUGGAGAACAAGGCUGUCGAGGUUCCUGGCCUCUACGCUCACCUCAUCACCAAGUACAGAGCCACGCUGAUGGUUGCCGACUACCCGGGCCUGAAACGGGCUGCUUAUAAUUACCAGCAAGAUCCGAUGACAACCCGAAACUACAAGAAGGGGACCGAGCCGAAUUUCCAGUCAGUAAAGCUUUGUCUCAUUGACACCGUCACAGUCGACUGUGAGUUCCAUGAGCUGCUGGCGGACCGGUGGCUGAGGCCAUUGAGAAACCCGAGGGCUAGAGAAGUGGUCGCGCCUAUGCUCUGUCUCCCAGAACACGGAGGCAUGGUCAUCAGCGUUCGAGACUGGCUCGGCGGGGAGGAGCGCAUGGGUUGCCCUCUGAAGCUGGACAUAGAUGAGGAGGACACAGAUUCCGAGGCGGAAAGAGCCAGGGAGGAGAGGGAGAAACCUUCCAACGGUUUUGGCGGCAGUCUGCUUGGUGGCGGCACGACCAAUGUGACGGAGAAUCGCGCUAAGAACGAGUUGAGCGAGGUCCUCCUGGACAGAGAAGCUUUGAAAUCCAACGAGGUUCUCGUGGUUGCGAUUGGCGACGAGGCGAGGAAGAAGUCCAGCGACUCUACUACCGUGCGCGUCGGGGCUUUCGGCUACCCGAUACCUGACGCGACCCUGUCUGUGGUCGACCCAGAGACUGGCCUGCUGGCCUCCCCCCACUCCAUCGGUGAGAUCUGGGUGGACUCUCCGUCUUUGUCCGGUGGGUUCUGGGCUCUUCCGAAGCAUACGGAGCAAAUAUUCCAUGCCAGGCCCUACAAGUUCGAUCCUGGGAACCCGACGCCAACCCCGGUGGAGCCGGAGUUCUUGCGGACAGGAUUGUUAGGUACCAUUAUCGAGGGCAAAGUCUUCGUUCUCGGACUGUACGAGGACCGGAUCAGGCAGAAGGUGGAAUGGGUCGAGCACGGUCAUGAGAUCGCCGAAUACCGGUACUUCUUCGUGCAGCACCUUGUUGUCAGCAUCAUGCGCAACAUUCCCAAGAUUUUCGACUGCUCUGCGUUCGACGUGUUUGUCAACGAGGAGCACCUCCCGGUCGUCGUUCUGGAAUCCCCUUCGGCUUCGACGGCGCCAGGACCUUCUGGUGGCCCACCGCGGCAACUAGACACUGCACUCUUGGACUCCCUGUCCGAGAGAUGCAUGGAUGUUCUGAUGCAGGAGCACCAUCUGCGCGUGUAUUGUGUGCUGAUCACCGCGCCAAACUCGCUCCCCAGGGUCCUUAAGAACGGCCGCAAGGAGAUUGGAAACAUGCUCUGUCGGAAGGAGUUUGACCUGGGCAACCUCCCCGCUGUGCAUGUGAAGUUUGGAGUCGAGCACGCAGUCCUCAACCUGCCCAUCGGAGUCGACCCGAUAGGCGGCAUCUGGUCCAAUAUUGCUGCCGAGUCUCGAGCCGAGGUGCUGGGACCAGUCGAUAAGCAGUAUUCCGGUAUCGAUCGUCGCGAGGUGGUCAUCGAUGACCGCACGUCCACACCACUCAACAAUUUCAGGACCAUUACCGACCUCAUCCAGUGGAGAGUGGCAAGGCAACCCGAAGAGCUAUCCUACUGUACUAUUGACGCUAAAGGCAAAGAGGGCAAGGGCAUCACGUGGAAGAAGUUCGACACGAGGGUUGCUGCGGUAGCGAUGUACCUGAAGAACAAGGUCAAGAUCCGACCGAGAGACCAUGUCAUACUGAUGUACACGCACUCGGAGGAGUUCGUCUUUGCCGUCCAUGCGUGCAUCAACCUCGGUGCUGUCGUGAUUCCUUGCGCUCCGAUGGAUCAGAACCGGCUGCCAGAGGACGUCCCCGCAUUUUUGCACCUGGUCGCUGACUACAACGUCAGGGCGGUCUUGGUCAACCAGGAAGUCGAUCACCUGCUCAAGAUGAAGCCAGUCUCACAACACAUCAAACAGUCAGCACAGAUCCUGAAGAUCAAUGUGCCACCUUGCUACAACACAACGAAGCCUCCAAAACAGAACAACGGUUUGAGAGACCUAGGAAUAACAGUGGAUCCCUCGUGGAUACAGCCAGGUUACCCAGUGAUCAUCUGGACCUACUGGACCCCCGAUCAGAGGAGGCUUGCCGUGCAGCUAGGGCAUGACACAAUCCUAGGGAUGUGCAAGGUCCAAAAGGAGACUUGUCAAAUGACCAGCUCCCGUCCGGUGUUGGGAUGUGUGAGGAGUACGACAGGCUUGGGCUUCAUACAUACUUGCCUCAUGGGGAUCUACAUCGGUACACCCACGUAUCUGCUGUCGCCCGUGGAGUUCGCACAGAACCCCAUCUCUCUUUUCAUGAUUCUUUCACGGUACAAGGUCAAGGAUACGUAUGCCACGCCUCAAAUGCUUGACCAUGCAAUGGCUCUCAUGCCAGGCAAGGGAUUCACGCUGCACGAGAUGAAGAACAUGAUGAUUUCGGCGGAGAGUCGGCCGCGGAUCGAUGUGUUCCAGAAAGUUCGCUUGCACUUCGCAGCAACUGGCCUUGACCGCACGGCCAUCAACACGGUAUACUCUCACGUUCUCAACCCGAUGAUUGCAUCCCGCUCUUACAUGUGCAUCGAGCCGAUCGAGCUCUGGCUUGAUACCAAGGCUCUCCGGCGUGGUCUCGUUAUCCCUACGGACCCCGAGACAGACCCCAAGGCCCUUCUCCUCCAGGAUUCCGGCAUGGUUCCGGUUUCCACGCAGAUUGCAAUUGUCAACCCAGAAAGUCGCUUGCUCUGCUGCGAUGGCGAGUAUGGUGAGAUCUGGGUCGACUCUGAGGCCUGCGUCAAAGGCUUCUACGGUUCCAAGGACAUCUUCGAUGCGGAGAGAUUCGAUGGUCGCGCGCUUGAUGGAGAUCCGAGUAUCAGCUACGUCAGAACCGGUGACCUCGGAUUCCUUCACUGCGUUAGCAGACCUAUUGGUCCGGGUGGCGCGCAGGUCGAUAUGCAGGUCCUGUUCGUAUUAGGAAGCAUUGGUGAGACAUUUGAGAUCAACGGGCUGAGCCACUAUCCCUUGGAUAUUGAAGCAUCUGUGGAGAAGAGUCACAGGAACAUUGUACCUGGAGGCUGCGCGGUCUUCCAAGCUGGCGGUCUUGUCGUCGUAGUGGUGGAGGUCAGCCGCAAGGCAUACCUCGCCUCAAUUGUGCCCGUUAUCGUCGACUCGAUUCUCAAUGAGCACCAGAUAAUCGUCGACAUCGUCGCCUUCGUUUCGAGGGGUGAUUUCCCCCGUUCUCGCCUUGGCGAGAAACAGCGUGGCAAGAUUCUCGCAGGCUGGGUAUCCCGCAAGAUGAGAACAAUCGCACAGUUCGCCAUCAGGGAUUCGUCAACUGGCCUGGGUAGCGGCGACGGCGACGCAAACCAGGAGGCGCAUCGGGCCAGCUAUGGAAGCCAUCGAAGCAGCAGUGGUGCGCAGAUCGGUCUGGCCUCUGUCGGUAGCACCCUGCGGAAUGUCGAACCAGCUCCCCAGAUUCUUGAGCAGCGAGAAUUGGAGUCUCAACUCGAGCGCAUCUCUGCGAUUCCACCAGGAGCACAUGCCAAUUACGGCCAACCUCCCGGGGAAAAUGGGCAUGGCAACGGCCGUGAUCAAAUGACGCCCACAGGACCACAGGGGCAUGGCUUUGAUCUGCCUGAUUUCGGCCAGUUUGAAAACGACGACUCCGGUCCCCAUCCUGGCAUGCACCAGGACACACCUGAGAUUCGGCUGCCCGAGUUCCAAGGUGUGGACUGGAGAGGUCACAUGCACCCAACCCAUGGGCCAGGCCCUCACGCGCGCAACCCGUCUAUACAAAACGAGGAGGACUGGACGGCCGAUGCGAUCGCUUCUAUGAACCUUGCCGAUCGCGGUGACCAUGGCGGAAGGGGCUAUUAGAAAUGGCGCCCUUCAGCCACCUCCGAUAUGCGUUACUAGAUUAUUUGAAGCAUGUCUGGUGGGCAAGAGGGCGGUCAAAGAGCUGUGCGAGAUAGCACCUUUUUUUGAACAUUUCUUCAUACACCAGCCCCUUCUUGUAUGUGUUCUAAUUGCAUAUGGUGUCGGCUUUCCCAUUCGCUUGAGUUUUCUUUAAUCUUCUUGGUACUAUAACGACGGCCUAGCGGACACCACUGAGCACGUGUUUUUGAUUUUAUGGCUUGGAUACUCAAGGGGCACGUCGAGGUAAAGGGACGAAUGGACGGACGAUGAUUAUAUGAUUUUCCCGCUGACUUCGCACCAUGCACCUGUUGCAUUUGCACCUGGAAACUGGAAAAGUUGAAUAAGAGUGCCCGGAUUGUUGUGGAGUAGACAUACGGGCUUUGUACGUAUUAUAUAUAUACAGCUGCCGCGUUGUCCGGCCCAGUAAGAGCCAUACAGAUGUUUUCUUUGCG